AUCCGGAGGCCGAGCUAUGACGCACCGAAACAGUGCAGAGAACGAAAAGCGCCGUCGCUGUCGACGGCCGUGCCGAGCGCCAGCAGACAAGCGGCGACGCUACAAAACAACGCGCCAACCAACCGCCCCACUGCUGACCCUUUCCACCCCCAGCUCCCUCCAUUCCGCCGGCCGGCAGCGGCCACCCCGCUCCAUCGCCCGCACGGUAUGGCCGCCCGCUCCCUCGUCCUCGUCCUCCUCCUCCUCUCCGCAACGCUGCUGCUCCUCGCCACCGCCGCGCCAUCCCACGGCCACACCCAAGCGGAUGUUGCGAAGCGAUUGAAGGAGGAGCUAUGGGAGAGGAACCGGGGACAUGAGAUGCUCGAGUCAUGGAAUGGGGACCCGUGUUCUCCGUCCACCUGGGAAGGGUUCUCUUGCCGGUCCAAGGGUGGCGCCCUUGUCGUCCUCAAGCUGAACUUCUCUUCGAAGAAAUUGCAAGGGCCGAUUCCCGCAGCGAUUGGUAACUUAACGGACCUAUAUGAAGUUGAUCUGCAGGACAAUAACUUCACUGGAUCUAUUCCGGCAUCUUUGUCUGCUCUCAAACACCUGCUGAAGCUGUCAGUGAACUGCAACCCCUUCCUGAACAAUCAGCCACCUGAUAGUUUAUCUCAUGGGGCGAAUUUCAGCUAUGGGGGCUGUGCUGCCGAAGAGUAUUAUAGUCCACCUGCUGAAGAGUACCAAAGCCCACCUGGAGUUGCCAGUCAGAGAAUAUUUGUUAUUGGUGUUGCCGGAGGAUCUUUGGCAUGUACUUUUGCACUUGGAUUGUUCUUUGUUUGUUUUAACAAACGUGAACGGCGUCCUCCGAAAACAGACUGCUCUUCUACAACAAAUCCUAUUUUUCAAGAAUGCAGCAUCCAUAAGACUACAAACCCUGCGGUUCAACAGUUAUCCCUCAAAUCAAUCCAGACUGCGACGAGCAACUUCAAAACGUUGAUAGGAGAGGGUGGGUUUGGAGCAGUUUAUCGAGGUACAUUAGCACAUGGACAAGAAGUUGCAGUAAAGGUUCGCUCGACCUCAUCGACACAGGGAACACGUGAGUUUAACAAUGAGUUAAGGCUUCUUUCUGCUGCGCGGCAUGAGAAUUUAGUCCCACUAAUUGGCUAUUGCUGUGAAAAGGAUCAACAGAUAUUGGUCUAUCCGUUCAUGUCCAAUGGUUCACUACAGGAUCGCCUCUAUGGUGAGGCAUCAAAAAGGAAAGUUCUUGAUUGGCCCACCAGACUAUCUGUUUGCAUUGGUGCGGCAAGAGGACUGGUAUAUCUGCACAAUUUUGCUGACCGGUGUAUCAUACACAGAGAUGUUAAAUCAAGCAACAUACUUCUGGAUCACAGCAUGUGUGGCAAGGUAGCCGAUUUUGGUUUUUCUAAGUAUGCACCUCAAGAAGGUGACAGCAAUGCAUCAAUGGAAGUGAGAGGAACUGCUGGAUAUUUGGACCCUGAAUACUAUUCUACUCAGGUGUUAUCAACCAGAAGCGAUGUCUUCAGUUUUGGAGUAGUUCUGUUAGAAAUUGUAACUGCAAGAGAACCUCUUGAUGUCCAAAGGCCUCGUGAUGAAUGGAGCUUAGUUGAGUGGGCAAAACCGUACAUAAGGGAGUACAAGAUUGAAGAGAUCGUGGACCCUGGCAUAAAAGGGCAAUACUGUUCAGAGGCCAUGUGGAGAGUGCUUGAGGUUGCAUCAGUAUGCACCGAGCCCUUCUCAACCUUCCGGCCAAGCAUGGAGGAUGUCCUCAGGGAGCUGGAGGACGCUCUGAUCAUUGAGAACAACGCAUCUGAGUACAUGAGAUCCAUUGAAAGCACCGGGACACUGGGUUCUAAUCGCUAUCUGUCCAUGGAUAGGAAGAUGUUUGCAUCAGGUUCAGCGCGAAUUGACACGGCAAAGGGACAUUUGCAAACGAUGCCCUCGCUUCCGAGGUAACUAGAUGUGCAUUGUGAUCUCACAAUGGGUGACCUCAUGGGUCUGAUCCUUGUUAAAGGCACGUCUGACUUUAGACUUUAGACACUGAACCAUGACCCAUGAGCACCUGAGAAGGGCAUGGCGGGGUCAUGCUGCCCAUCUCUGUAGUCUGUGCUAUUCACAGAGCCCAUCCAGUGAUGAGUGCACAGAUCAGCGACACCUGUACUUGGAAAUGCUUUCUGAAGUCAGGAGGCUAGUUCUGCCAGUAUAAUUUCCAUUGAUUCAAUCACCUAAAAGCUGGUGAACGUGUGUGCACAACUAUUCUUUGAACAUUGUUUGGACCAUCGAAUAUAAGAUAUUUUGAGGUAGCAUCACUUCAUUAUUUGAACAAA